CAUAGACAACAGCGCACAUACUACUUAGUAUGGUAAUUGAUUGCUACUGUAUUGACUCCACAUAACAAUGAGCACACGGCUAAUUAAUAUGGUAAUUUAUUCACGUGUGGAUCGAGACUUCAAUUGAGAAAGAGAGAGAGGGGAUGCGAAUCAAUGCUGAGGUAGGUAACGUUAGCCAACAACAAUUUGUUAAUUAUAUUAUUUUGAUUUUGAUUUGACUCAAACUGUAACUCCUAGAUGGAUAUCAGAAAGUUAUUGGCCCGCAGCAGGGAAGAAGCAGCGAGGAAUGAGAGAUGUAAGUGAAGUCCUAGCUAGCUAGGCAACAUCAUUGUCUUAAGUUGAUGCUAAGUUAGCUAACGUUCUUCCUUGUAUCAAGACAAACAUAUUCAUUUGCUGUACGAGCUGUCGGGGGAAUUCCCAAUGAACAUGAAACAUAAUGUUGGUUAUUGUCUGCUGCUUCUGCAUCAAUGAUGAUUUGGAGUAAGCAUGUGUGAGUUGAGUGCUUCUCAAAUGCUUUAUCUUCAGGAAGAAAAACAUUUUUCCAUAUCAUCAAGUCGUGAGCCACAUUUUAUUUCACAGAAAAAUAGCACAGUAGACUUGUCUUGUUAAUCGGUGCGACUUUGACUAAAAUAAUCUUGUUUUGUCACCAGAAAAAUGGCUACAGCUAAAGCAUCUGGUUUUGUUUCCAGAAAAAAUAGUAACAUUUCUGUAUUUGUUUUCAGAAAGAUGGCUGAAAAUAUCGGGUUUUGUUGCCCCAUUUAGAUUUUUUAAAAAUAUAUUUCCAUAUCUGUCCUGAUUCCUCCUCCAACUUGUUAGUCGCUUUGCCUUUUGCUAAAAUACUCACUAAUAGUCGCUAGAAAAAUGGCUAAAAAUAUCUGGUUUUGUUGCCACAAUUUGAUUUUUUUCUCCCUAACCUUUUUUUUUUUCAUGCACACAUCUGACUGAAAAUGACACACAAUCCACUUUUAUGUCAGGAGCCAGCAGUUGGGAACCACUGGUCAACUGUAUAACAGUUACUGUAAUAUUUCCAUGUCUGUCCAGAGUGAUUGACCACUUUGCAAAAAUGUUACAGUUUACUUCUCAGAAAAUGAUUCCCUGAACAGACACACAACAGUUGUUCAUUUAUUCUACUACUGUGGCUUUAUUGUUUUGUGUAUAUUUUAUAGUUUUGUGUAUCUGAAAUAGGAUUCGCCACAUUGCCAUAAAUGGAAAUUAAAUAAUAUAAAAGAACCCAGAGAUGUAGGGGUGCUUUAUUUUUUGUUUGACUUUUGUAGAUGUUAAAUUUGCAGAUGAUUACUGCAAUAUAUAUUUCAAAAAGAUUAAUUGCUCUUCCUUUUUGUUUUAACCAGUAGCAGUUUAGAAGUCUGGAGUAAAAAAGUGCACAAGUAGGUCAAAUGCAUGAGUUAAUUUCAGGUGGUUCAUCAAAGAUCCAUACAACAUCAUCUGAUAGGAUUUCAUAGUUUAAAGCACUAUUUAUGUCUUUUUCAUGAUAAAUAAGUGCUAAAAAUGUUUUUGCUUGCGCGCUUUGGACGCUCACAUGAAUUACUUGUGCCCCAGGUGUGCCCCAGUACAGUAUUAGGUCUAGUGACGCCCCUGCUCCACGGGUUUGUUGACGCCAGUGUCUCAGGGAAGUCGACGGCAGCUUUAUGGACGGCCCAAGCUCAGCUUUUCUCCGACAUCCAUCAGCUGAUUGAAAACCAAGAAGAAUGUCUCCCUCAUCUGCAGGGGGACAGUUUCACUUUAGAGAAUCCACAGCCCUCACAUUUUAAAGAGGAAGAGGAGUAUCCACAGCCCCCUUAUUUUAAAGAGGAAGAGGAGGAAGAGUGUCUUCUAGCGCAGGAGGAGGCUGAUCUCAGCAAGUUUCCACUGACUGUUGUCUCUGUGAAGACUGAAGAGCAUGAAGACAAACCACCUGAGUCCUCACAGCUUCAUCACAGUCCAAUGUGUGUCCCUCAGUGGAAAAAGUUUGGACACCCCUGCCAUAUGGUCUCAACAUCAAAGGUCUAUUUCCCUACGAAGACCAUGCAUCCUGCCCAUCAACCAAUGGCCUCACCACCAAAGUUUGAUCACUCUAUGGAGGCUGUACACCCCUCCCAUCCCCACACCGCUGGCCCACCACCAAAUGUCCACACCUAUGGUCCUUCACCCGGCGUACACAAUAGCUUGCUACCUGAAUCCACCUGAGAAUAAAAAGGCAGCUUUCCUGGCACCAGACAGGAGAGAUGCAGGCAACCCAUCUAUUGAGGACACUAUCUGUUAUCAACCACAGGCAGAAAAAUCAUGGACGCCAUGUGAUGGAUGUAGGGAGGCGUUGGAAGAAAUGUGGCCAGAAAAAUAAGGAAUUGAAGAAGUCCUCUUGA